AUGGGUUCGACGCAGCCGCCAGACGACCUGCCAUUUGGCUACUACUUCUUCUCCGACCCUCCUGAGCCGCCUCCGGGACAGCCAAUCCUGUCGGAUAAUGAGCAGAAGGUGCUCAGCACCUUCUUCGAGGAUAUAACCUCGGACAACUACAACAAUGACGCGAUGGGCGAAGGACUGAACUUCACCGAGGACUGGAUUCUACCACCCCAGCUUAUGGGGACUGCAACCUCGUUCGGCCAGCAGCCGAGCGCGCCCCUCGAGUCACCAGUACACGGCCUGCCGCCGGGCGGAUUUCAUGACCUAAUACCUCCGCCAUCUUCAUCCAUGAUGGCGCCACCUCCACCUCCCCCUCCACCUCCCACGACCCAUCCGUCGCUCGGGCAACAGGCUUCUGCGGAUGUGCUCGCCGCCGCAACCCUGCUCCAGAACGGUUCCCUAUCGCGAGCCAGAAGCGUCAGCCGCACUCAUGCGUUUCCGAGCAGGAAUACCGGGCCUCCCAUGGGGCCUCCCGUUGGGCAUCUCCGCCAUCAACCGAUGGCAGACUUCAGAGAGGAUGGGCGACGCAUGUCACAGCGGCACCUGCCCCCGGAGCAUGACGCCUUCGCGGGCAUCAUGUUUGGCUCUCCGGCUGGCACCAUUCCGCCACGAGUAAAUCAACAGGUGGAUGUACAAUGGGGUUCAGAUGCCAAUUUUGGCCGGCAUUUUGUCCCCCAGUCCGAAAAGGAGACCUCUGAGGCCCUAGAGGAGGAACGCCUUGUGUACAUGGGAUGCCUGGAAGUCAACACUAGCGCUGCGAACUCGCGCCCUUCAAGCCCGACACGCAACGGAGACUUGUCUCCGCCAAAGCUUAGAACCAGGAUCGGGGACCAAAUAAAACACGAGGACGAUAUGGACGCGCCGGCGAGGAAAAGGCGGAAGAGCAAGGCCAAAGAGGAGUCGCAAUAUGUGGAUGAGGACGCGUCAGGCACGGGAUCCAAAGCUACGCGGAAGCGGAGGCCCAAGGCCGACUAUCCAGCAUCUACCUCGCCGGCCAGCAGGGACGGUUCGGGCAGGAGGAGGAAAUCCGUCGCCAACGCAGCAUCAAAGGCGGCAAGAGAGAACCUUACGGAGGAGCAAAAGCGCGAGAAUCACAUCAGAAGUGAGCAGAAGAGGCGGACCCUGAUCAAGGAAGGGUUCGAUGACCUGUGCGACAUCGUGCCGGGACUGAAAGGGGGUGGCUUCAGCAAGAGCACGAUGCUUACCAUGUCCGCCGAGUGGCUGGAAGACUUGCUCAAGGGCAACGAGCAACUGAAGGCCCAGCUGGCCGAGCUCCAGGGCUGUUAA